ACUCGAAAUGACUUUUACCCGGUCAAAUUAUAUGGGCUGCCUCAAAUGGGCCUGUAAGCGUUCGUAUAACCUAGAGGAGCAUCUGCAUUUCCCUUAACCUUUAACGUUGUUCUAGGGUUCACUUUCUCUGGGAUUCCUUCGUCUCUCGGUCGAUCUCGGUUACUGAUUCUCAGGUCAGGUGUAUGUGAUGCUUAUUUGUUGCAGAAAGCAUUGGGUACCAAGAGAUAUAAGGUUGUUCAAACAAGCAAUUGAAGAAUAGGAAUUUUGGUAGGUUUUGACAAUAAGAGAUGCCUGCACAGAAGGUUGAAACAGGUCAUGAAGACACAGUUCAUGAUGUAGCCAUGGAUUACUACGGAAAGUGCAUUGCCACAGCAUCAUCCGAUACCACAAUCAAGAUAACUGGUGUUAGCAACAAUGCUGGUCAUCAGCACCUUGCUACUCUGAGAGGUCAUAAAGGCCCUGUUUGGCAGGUUGCUUGGGCCCACCCCAAAUUUGGGUCUAUCCUUGCUUCCUGUUCCUAUGACGGCCAAGUAAUAAUCUGGAAGGAAGGCAAUCAAAAUGAAUGGGCACUGGCAUAUGUUUUCAAUGAACAUAAGUCAUCUGUGAACUCCAUUGCCUGGGCACCUCAUGAACUCGGUCUCUGCUUAGCUUGUGGAUCAUGUGAUGGAAAUAUCUCAGUGUUCACUGCCAAAUCUGAUGGUGGUUGGGACACCACCAGGAUAGACCAAGCGCACCCAGUUGGAGUAACUUCAGUUUCAUGGGCACCAUCAAUUGCCCCUGGAGCUCUGGUUGGAUCUGGUUUGCUUGAUCCUGUUCAGAAGCUGGCUUCUGGAGGCUGUGAUAACACAGUAAAGGUGUGGAAGCAAUAUAAUGGUACCUGGAAGUUGGACUGCUUCCCUGCCCUUCAGAAACACAGUGAUUGGGUCAGAGAUGUGGCUUGGGCACCCAACUUAGGACUUCCAAAAUCAACAAUCGCAAGCGCUUCACAGGAUGGGACUGUUGUCAUUUGGACUGUGGCCAAGGAAGGAGAGCGCUGGGAUGGUAAGGUCUUGAAAGAUUUCAAGACCCCAGUUUGGAGGGUCUCAUGGUCACUGACUGGCAAUAUAUUGGCUGUGGCCGAUGGGAAUAACAGUGUAACUUUGUGGAAAGAAGCAGUUGAUGGAGAGUGGCAGCAAGUGUCUACCGUCGAGCAAUAGUUGUCAUGAAGUUUAGCCCUACAACCAUUUUUUUCUUGUGGGUUUGACAAGAGCCUGUCAGUUAAUGAACCAUUUGUUAAUUUUUUUGUUUCAAAUGCAUCUUUCCAUUGUUUAUUGUUUCUGUCAAAUUUGGGUAUGAAAACGUUUUAAGGUUGAUUCAAGUAUAAUAUUUUUCUUUUUGCCAUUCUC